AUUCCUCAGUUGCUUGCUAACUGCUGUAACACGAAGCGUUUGUUGGAAGAUAAACAGAUUCAAACUGCAGUCAGGCGACUAUUUUCAGUCUCCAAACGAUGAAUUUGAAGUCUUCGCUGCGCUUUUACUUGGUUACUUUGUGGUUUUAGUCGUUUAAAAGCCGAUUUACGAGCUGCUGGUAGCGGCUAGCUCCGUUAGCUCGGGCUAAAGCUCCGCUAGUUCUGUUAGCUUUCGGGACAUCAGGGUUGAAGCUGAAGCUGCUGUUCCUUACCAUCCGAACCUCCAUCCGAACCUCCUCACGCAGCUGUGUCUCAUGGAGCGGACUGACCGGGGAAAGGACCCCCAGCUGCUGAGGAACCAACCCUACGACGAGAGUCUGGACGUGGAGGACGGAGAGGAGGUACCGAGUGUCUACAGCCCGACUCCCCGAGGACAGAGACAGACCGAGUGGAGCAGCAAGAAGGUUCUUGGCAUCAUGUCCAGCAGCAGCAGGAACCAGCUGGAUGAGGAGCACAGAGCUGUGAGGGCCACAGAGCCGCUGCGGCUGAAGCCAGGGCCCGGUCUGACCCAGGAGGACGAGGACGAGGAAGAAGAGGAGGACUCCGAUGAGGAUGAGUCUGAUGAAGAUGACGAUGACGAUGAGCCCACUGAAACUCUGGAGGGAGUGUACGACCCUGCAGACUACUCCAACCUGCCGGUUACCUCAGAGAUCAGAGAGCUGUUCCAGUACAUCACCCGGUAUUCUCCUCCGAACCAAGAACUGGACCUCUGCCUCAAGCCCUUCAUCCCGGACUUCAUCCCUGCUGUUGGAGACAUCGACGCCUUCCUAAAGGUACCGAGGCCGGAUGGGAAACCAGACAACUUGGGCCUACUGGUUCUGGAUGAGCCCAGUGUGAAGCAGUCGGACCCGACGGUUCUGUCUCUGUGGCUGUCGGAGGAAACCAAACAGCACGGAACCACAGAGCUGAAGAAGGUUCCGAGCGUGGCGGGCCCGCGGACCAACCCCCGGGCCGUGGACAGCUGGGUGGACAGCAUCAGCGCGCUGCACCGGUCCAAGCCGCCAGCCAGCGUGCGGUACAGCAGAACCAUGCCGGACCUGGACAGCCUGAUGCAGGAGUGGCCCCCGGAGGUGGAGGAGCUGCUGGGGGCCCUGCAGCUGCCGCCGGCCCGCCUGGCCUGCAGCCUGCCGCAGUACGCAGACCUGGUCUGCAGCCUGCUGGACAUCCCCGUCCACGGAACCAGGGUCCAGAGCCUGCACCUGCUCUUCAGCCUCUACCUGGAGUUCAGAGACUCCCAGCACUUCACCAGCCGAGUGUAGGCAGAGGUCAGAGGUCAGGGGCCUUAGUGCUGCACGGGUUCGGAUGACUGAGGGGUUCUGGUUUCAGAUUAUUUCUCUGGUUCUGUUGUCAAAUAAAGGGAGAGAGCAGGAGAACCGUACAGAACCAACUGGUUCUGGUCAUUUUACAUCCAGCAGCUGGUUCUGGUUCCAGAGAGAAACAGUUUAUGAAGUGAAACAUGAACUCUGACCUGCCUGCAGCUGGCAUCUGAGUCUCGGACGUCCCAGUGGCAGCGAAUGCAUCACCUCUUCUCCAACAUGUCGACCUGAAUCCAGACCAUGGCAGGUGAUCAGCAUCAGUUUUACAUUCAGGAAGUCUGACUUCAUUUCCUGAAGCUUUGGAGGAGUGGAACCAGAACCGGUCAGAACCACCAGCAGGGAUGAAGGAGCAGAACCAGAGAAAUCGUCGUGACUCCUGUUAAUAAUUAAACGUGUUAAAUAAAACCUGAACUCUACCGACGUCGGGUUCUGCAGAGUUCUGCUCAGGCAGAGACGCAGCGCAGUCCUGAACCUUAAAGGACUUCUGGGUCACUUUUUAUUUUCCAAAUAAAAUUACAACAAUAAUUACAA